AUGACGGGCCAGGCGAAUCUCUGCGCGUUCCCCGACGUCGAUAUCCUCGCUCCGGCGCUCAGGACCUACAUUGCCCAAUGUGAGCAAGCUGGUCUUUUGCGACACGACGUAUUCAAGAUCGCCGUAUCGGGUGGCUCUCUCCCCAAUACCCUUGCCCGUGCUCUACUAGCGCCCGCGACCGGUCCUGCCGACGAAUUACACUUUGACAAGUGGGAAAUCUUCUUUGCUGAUGAGCGCGCCGUGCCCCUUGACCACGCCGACUCCAACUAUGGCCUACUGAAGAAGGAGUUCCUCGAUAAGAUCCCGGCCGAUCAGGGACAGCCCAUCGUUCAUCCUAUCGACGUCCAGCACCUUGAUGACGUGCAAGAGCUCGCCGACCAGUACGAGCAAGUUCUGAGAAUCACUCUGUCUUUGCCCGUCGUCACACACUCCGUCAGGGUCGCCUUUGUGGCUACCGGCGGCGGCAAGAAGGAUAUUAUGAAGGCUAUCUUUGAGCGAGGCGACGAUCUCCCCUGCGCUCUCGUCAACUCGGCUACUGGUGAGAGGUGUACCUGGUUUGUCGAUAACCCCGCCGUGGAAGGAGUCUCGUACCCGAGGAAGGGUUUCUUGUAA